GUGGCAGAAAGUCCAGCUGUGGCGUCUCGGCCUAUUCGCUGCACGUCUCCUCCAGGUCCAGACUCGGCCCUGGUGCCCCAUAAAACAGCUGCUUCUCCAGUAAACAGAGAGGAACUAAUGGAGGAAAUCAAGCUGGCGAGGGACGAGAGAAAGCAGCUCGAGUGGACGAGACAAGAGCUGCUAAGGAAGGGGAAGGACUUGUUAGCCCAGAACCGACACCGCAGGAACCAAGCACGCGACAGCUGGAAGAAGAAAUACUUUCAAACCAAAAAGGCCACGGCGCCACUGGAGGACGAGCUGAGAAACUUAAGACAAGAACUGGAGACGUUUUACAACAAACUGCUGCACCAGCUCCAGGCCAGAGACAGCCGAGGAAAGCCCAGACGACAAGGCAGAUCUUCAGUAAAGAACGAGCUCAUCAUUCAGAUCAUGACGGAGAGCUACGAAAUCGACAACCUGAAGAGGAAAGUAGAAGACGCCAAGAUGAAGCUGGUGACGGAGAUAAAGUUGAGGAAGCAGGCCGCCACAGAGCUGAGAGCCCUGAAGGCCGAGCUGGCUCAGAAGAAGAGUCAGUCGUCUCAUCCUGGACUGAUGCGAGAGAGACCGCAAGUUUAAAGCAGUUAAUUCAGAACAUGCACAAUGUGUGAAGAACACAGCUGUCAGUGUUAUGCUGUUUCUACAAGGCUUCACUAUUUUGUACUUUUUUAACUGUAUGUUUUCUCCUGUUGUUUCCUAAUUAAACAGUUCUUUGAAUUGUUGAUUUAUGUUCAUCUUUCUCAGACGCGUCGCAGGAACAUCAGCGGAACAAAUUAAUCACAAAAGGGCUUUAUUUAUUAAAAACAGUAAAGUGCACGAAUCUCAGGAAGCUCAAUCAAAAAUACAGUUAAAAAAAUAUUGGUUUCUCGCUCUCUUUUUUUUUUUUUUUUGAGAAUCACAGUUAUUUCAGUUGGCUCAGAGGAAUGUCUGUAACUACAUUCAAA